CUCCCUGUUUCUCUCUCUCUUGUGUGUGCUUAUGUGUGUGUGCGUGUGCGUGUGCGUGCGUGUCUUUCCUUAUCUAUCUAUCCUACUCCCACCUCAACUUCCUUCGCUUAUUUACUUUCUUCCUCCCCAGCUUGCGAAUGAGCUCCUUCCGUUCCCCUCUCUCUAUCUCCGUCUCGCCUUCACUCGGUGUUCGCUUGUGCCCAUUCCCCAGCUUUCCAAUCCUUCAAACCCUCUUCCUCGCUUCUGCUUCCUUUGCUCAAUUCCUCUUUUCAAUCCUUCCUUAUGGCGUCGUUACAGCUUCACUCGGCACCCUUUUUACCGUUUUUGUAAACUUUGGCCGGUCAUGGAAAUUGCAAACUAUUAGGAGGAACAAGACGCUACAGAGUGUGCUUUUUCCAGUCCUACAAUUGGCAUUCUGCGGCUUAAGAGCUGCUCCAUGCGUACGUCACACUAAGGUCUUCAGAUUAGGAUGCGGAAAGAAGAGUCCUGCUUCGCAAUCUAUCAAAGCAGUACUGAACCCGUUGGAUGAUCCUAUCCUCAAGGAAGCCAUGAAGGAGCCAAUUGCAUUCCUGGGUGGUAUGUUUGCGGGAUUGCUGCGACUUGAUCUCAAUGAGGAGCCUCUGAAAGAUUGGGUAGCCAAGACCGCUGAAGCGGCUGGCAUAGAUAUAAAUGACAAUCAAGCUGUCGAUAGUGACGAUUCUAUUCCGGAGGACAUUCAGAUUGAUUAGGAACUGUGUGCAAAAUUGAUACGAAACAUUUGUUUCUUGUGAAUCAGUAUUACUUUACAAAUAGUCUGCAGCAUCUUCAUCAAAAUCACAA